AUGGAGUAUAUGGAUAUCGAGGCAAGCCUAUACCCGUGUGUAGUGAAUAUGCUACCGCGCGGUGUGCCAGAAGUGCAGGCCAGACGGUUGGUUCAGGAGCUGGCGCGGGCAAUUACAAGUGGAAAUAAUGAGCAGGCGUCAAGAGUGGUGAGCAUGUACCGGGCGGAGAUGGUGCGGACGCCGGAGCAGACGCAGCAGUGGGGGAAGUUCGAGAUGUUCGUGAAAGUGCUGGAGAGUUUCGGUAGCAAGGAGCAGGUGCUGAAGUACCUGACGGUGCUGAACAGCGUGCCGCAGGAGAGCACGCCCUUCCGACACAGGCGCACCGCGUCUGGAUAUCUUACGAACGCCACGCUGCAACGGCACAACUCGCUGAUGACGCCGUCGAGGGCGGUUAGUGUCUAUGCAGAGUCGUUCGAGAAUGUGGAGCGGCUUUCAGAGCGCCGGUCGGCGGUAACCUCUGCCUACGGCGGCCCGGUCCCCAAGCGGCCGCAGCAGCACGAUACUCCAUUGGCAUAUCUGUCUAACCCAUACUACAGCAACAUGGUGCCCGAGGCCGACGUUUUAAAGUAUAUUUCCUACACGUUACUGGCUACUACGUCGAGUUUGUUCCCGAUCUCCAAUCAGGUUAUCGAAAUCCCACCCAAUGUUCCGAACGGCGAAAGUGGUGUUUUCCACAGCAUAUUUGAGGCUGCAUUAUUAUAUCAGUAUUUGAGUAACCAAGUAGAGAAAUUUAAAGUUGCAUCUUCCCUAUCGCCGCUCAAGGUUAAUUUUCUUACCGUCGUUUCAGAAAGACUACGAGAAUACAGCAGAGUGGUCAACCAGCUUUCGAGUUCCAUUGCUUCCGAAAGUGUGAAGUCCAUAUACAUCCAAAUAUACACGCAGAUCUUGGUCUUCCGGUUCUAUCAUGGUUACCUAGAACGCUUUGAGCAAUUAAGAGGAGAUCAAUUGAUAUCUGAGUUCGAUUCCCUGCGGCAGCACGGGGAUCCAUUGGUCAAGAAUCUUGCUGAAGAGAUAUUCUCUACUUUAAUCGACCUCUAUAUGGAGUACCUUCUUUAUUGGCUUGUUCGCGGACAGCUCAAGUCCACGCACGACGAGUUUUUCGUUUCUGUCAACAAGUCCGCGGACCCCAAGUUGGGGAUGAAUUUUGCCAUUCUGAAGGAAAGCAUACCCGGGUUCAUUCCUCCCGCUGUAGCGCAGCAAAUAUACACUGUCGGGAAAAGCUACAUAUACUUGGAAACAUACCUCAAGGAGAUCGAAUGGGCUAGUAAUUUUUCUAACAAGUACAUGAAUAAGUUUGCGGACUUACCUAAGUCAGCCAUCGGCCAGCCAUUCUACGACCUAGUCAACGAGCAGCAUGCUGAAAUAACGGCCUUUAUUAAUGAUAUCUUAAAGUCAAAAUAUUACUAUGAUGAAACAGUUACGGUCCUGAAAGAUAUUCUUCUAAUGGGCAGGGGAGAUUUUAUAGAAAACAUCAUCAUCAACGCAUCUGACUUCCUGAUGGAGCCCGUGCACCAGCUACAAAGCUACCAACUGACGAAGUGCUUGCAGGAAUCAGUCCAGCGGUCAUCGCUAAGGAAUUACCUAAACAAGCAUGACAACAAUGUUAUUAUCAAUAAACUUGAUGCUCGGCUGCUCGAGUCAGGGCAUGGAUCCGUCGGCUGGGAUGUGUUCACGCUGGACUACCUUGUCGACCUGCCUUUGAGCAUAGUUCUGAAUGUUAACCGCCCUGGCCGGAAAAAAGAAUAUCUGCGUAUCUUCAACUUCCUCUGGCGUAUAAAGAAGAACGCCUUCUUCUUUCAGGAAGAAUGGCUCCGCAACUUAUCCCUCAUGAGAGACUUUAGAAAGACACGCCGCAACAAGCCCCUGGUCCGGGAUAUUGUGAGGAAAAUGGCGCUGGUCAACGCACUGAAGAAUCAACUCGAGCUAUUCAACAGAAAGAUGGAAUCGUACUGUUUCACCAACAUCAUCGAAUCCAAAUAUCGCGAUUUCCAGAAGAAGCUGACCAUGAAGGAAAAUAAUUCGAACGAGAGCUUCAAUGUAAUUACCCUGAAGAGCGGCAUCAAGUUCAUCGACGGGAUCUUGAAGCCACGACUCGAAUACCUCCAUCAGCUAAGGCCGGACGCAGCCACUGUCGGCUCCUCCGGUCUCAAGCAGUAUAACAUAGAUGAGCUGGACAACCUCCACAACGACUACCUCGACAGCAUCCUCGACAACAAGUUGCUGGAUGCGCAUAACGGCAAACAACCCGGGAAGUUCACCAACCAGUAUUUCCCGGUCUCCCUCAUUAUGCUAAUGAAUCAGAUGUUGGAGUUCGUCCUUUCGUACGCCGAACUCAACGGAAUCCUCCACGAGAUCCUGAUCCAGUUGAAUCUCCAACGUCAGGACGGCUUGAACGACAUUCUCGCCCGUUUCAACCUCGUCAUGAAAAACAUCGUGUCCUGCUUCAAAACCUUCCAGAACAACUCGUUCGCUCUGAUCAAGGACCUCAAGCUGGACGGUAACGAAGACAUGGCAAAGUUGAGCAGAAUCCUCCGCUGA